UUCCUGUUGCGGCUCCGGACCCGGCCUCGGCGUCGGCGUCUGCUUGCGAAAACGGGGAGGUCAUGGCGCUGUUCGAGCAGAUGCGCGCCAACGUGGGGAAGCUGCUCAAGGGCAUCGACAGGUACAAUCCUGAGAACCUAGCCACCCUGGAGCGCUACGUGGAGACCCAGGCCAAGGAGAAUGCCUAUGACCUGGAAGCCAACUUAGCCGUGCUCAAGCUAUACCAGUUCAACCCGGCCUUCUUCCAGACCACAGUGACAGCCCAGAUUCUGCUGAAGGCCCUCACCAAUCUGCCCCACACAGACUUCACCCUCUGCAAGUGCAUGAUUGACCAAGCUCGUCAAGAGGAGCAGCCCAUCAGGCAGAUCCUGUACUUGGGAGACUUGCUGGAGACCUGUCAUUUCCAAGCUUUCUGGCAUGCCCUAGAUGAGAACAUGGAUCUCCUUCUCCUUAAUGGAAUCACAGGCUUUGAAGAUUCCGUCCGAAAGUUUAUCUGCCACGUUGUGGGCAUCACAUAUCAACAUAUUGACCGCUGGCUGCUGGCUGAGAUGCUAGGAGAUCUGUCAGACAACCAGCUGAAAGUGUGGAUGAGCAAAUAUGGCUGGAGCUCCAAUGAGGCAGGGCAGGUCUUCAUUUGCAGCCAAGAAGAGAGUAUUAAACCCAAGAACAUUGUGGAAAAGAUCGACUUUGAAAGUGUUUCCAGCAUCAUGGCCUCCUCCCAGUAACUCCUUCUGCGGAAUGUCUCCUCCCUUAAGUACAGCCAGCUUCUUAAAUAAAAGCCCUUUACUUCCUG